AUGAUCAAGUGGAAGGCAAAACACCGCCAAGACAACGUAACCCAGUCCUCCUCUUCCUUCUCUCCUCCUGACAACGUCCACGAGCCAUCCCGCGACGUUCCUGAUUCCUCUUCCCAUUAUCAUCGCCCGCUCAGCUUCGUAGACCUCGGGUCCGACAUCGACGUCUCUCCACAGACCACCCCGAAGCAGAGUUCACGGCUAUCUGGUCUCCUCAUCACAAAGGACAUCGAGGCCCUUCUCUUGGAGGACGAGCGAGCUCGGGCCCAAGAGCGUCAGGAGCAGGAAGCAAGAGAAGCCAAGUUUGGAAGUGUAGACGUCGCGGUCGCGCUUACGGGUGAUCCGUCUUCGGUAGUACGCGGUCUCCCUGCGCCCCCGCGAAAGACGCAUCUCCCUCGCACGUAUAGGUUUCAGAGCGGCCACCAGGCGCCGAUGUCGUCGGGACGACCCUCAGAGCUCAUGAAGGACCGAAGCUCGGACGUUCGGCGUUCAUCAACCGGCUGUGCUGCCUCACCCACAUCUGUUUCGAGCCGUUCGUCUAUCAAGGGUGUCCCUCCUGAAGCGCAAAGAACAGAUGGAAUGGAUGCUUAUAUGAUGUAUCGAAGGUCGUCCGCUGACACUACCAAGCUCGUGAACCAUCUCGCUGAAUUUGGUCCGAAGUCGCCGCGUAGAAGCUCAGCUGGCUCAAUAAGAGACUCCUGGGGCGCUGAGUCUCGCUUCUCCGCUUCCGUGGAUAAGCCGUUGCCGUUUAAUUCGACAGGUACAUCUGCAAGCGCAGAUGCGUCGAGAAGCUCGGUCCAGCUGCCAUCCAGGCCGUGGCCCUUGUUAUCUCAGGCUCCUCUCAGCUCGCGAGAGUCUAUCUAUUCGACUGUUUCAAGUAUUGACCCUCAGUCUACGAUUCAUGAGCCCCGCAUCAGUGUCUCAAGCACGAUCUAUCCCGCAUCAGCUUACAACGAACUUCCUUCGCCUGUUGCUGCGCCCAUGGAACCCGAUCAACUUGGCGUAGGGAAUCGCAGCUCGCUUUUCUACAGCGAAGCUGAUUCGGUUUCCGUCGAAGAUCAAGGAGUGUCUCAACAGUCUAAUCUUGACACAUCAGCCCACGCACCGGCUGAGCACGAACGAUCUGUUCCCCAGCAUACUCCGCUUGCCAGUCCUGUUGGAGUAUACCCUAUUCAUAACAAACCCAUAGACAGCUCUGAUUAUAAUCUUCCACCUCGUCGCCCGCUUUCGUCGUCUUCUGAACUGUCGGGACGAUCAGCUUCUGGUCAAAAGCCCGCUCUACCCACGACUCCAAAGCCUGAUUUCCGCCGCUCGCGAUCUGUUCAGCCUCCUUCCAAAACCCCAAUGAUCUCAAAACCACCGUCCCCUUCUUCAUCACCGAAGCUUCCCGGGCUCGUUCCAUAUCACCUGCUGAUAUCUUCAUCUGCUAACUCCAGCCGAAACGAGUCACUACCACCAACGACCAACUAUCUUAACCCCCAGGAGCGAGCUGAACUGGUACGCAAGACACGCAAGUUGACACAAUUAUUUGGACAAACGCCAUCGCCUAUAUCUGGUGCUGAAGACCUUGUGGAUUCACCCGUUCUCACGAACUGUUUGCUUCCCGUGAUGCCCUCUCGAAAGGCGCAUGCUCGUGCGGCGAUGUCAGUCUCUGAUCCUAUGAAUAUGUCUCUUGUGACAAAGAGUCUCCACGAAUCGCAGUUCCCGACUUUGAGCGCGGAAAGGACGACUUCUUUGAGUCCCAUAAGGUUCCGAAGUCAAGGAAAUGACUCAGAUGAUUCCCUGUCUCCAUUCGAUAGCCCAGAUGCUGUGACGCCGCGGUCGUCACGAAAGAAAAGUGGGGAUACCGCAAUUAGGAGCCCGACUAUCAUUAACGCUUCAGAUUCAUUCAUGGAUAUGGCCGAUCGUGAAAGUACUAAUCUUAUUCGCUUUUCUUCGACAUAUUCGUUUGCCGAGAGCGUGACAGAUGAACAGCAAGCGGAAGAAGAACGCAGAAGGAAGCGUGAAAAACUUGCAAAGCUUCACCGCUUUCUCGGUAGUCGUGUUCCUACGGAACUCGUCCUCGGGCCCGACAUCGGUGCUCCUCUUCCCCCAAUAGCUCCUGAGCUUUUACAGCAGGAUCCAGCGACAGUGUCGGACGGAGAGGCGACUUCUGCAACGAGACUUUGGAUGCGGGGAAAGCGCAGGAACAGUCUGGCGUCCUCAAGGCCUUCCGAGCGUUUACCUGAUUCAGAGCGUGUGAAAGAGGAGUUGAGCGAAAAGGAGAAAGCCAUUGUCGUUAAGAGGGCUCUAAAAAUGGAGAAGUUAUUCGGUGAGCAGCCACCACAGGACCUUUUCCACUCUGCCCAAACUCGGCCCGCGAAUCGUGCCGUUGGGAAGCACAUGAUGCAGACAAAGAUUGCCGCUAGGUCUGCACCUUCCUCGCCUGUCGGCGGUGGCGGAAACAUGAAUAGGUCAGCCUAUCGAAAGGACAAAGCAAAGCGGAGCAACAGGCCAGGAACCGCAGAGUCAUCGAAACGAUUGCUAAGUUCAGGAGAGACCGAAUCGAUUCAAGAUGGACAGUCCGAUGUAUACUAUCAUUACAGGAAUUCACUGGUUUCGUUGACGAACAUCGUUGAUAAUGAUGACAGAAAGUCGUUGGUCGAGCUUCACGAAUACAUUAACGAGGAUCUCUCAAUGGGGAACCGAGAUAGGCGGGAGAGUCAUUCCGGCAGCUCCAUUCUAUCUGAACGUCGCCGUUCGUUGCCUCUGCGCGCAUCCUAUACCUCCUUGGCGUCAGAAUACACAAUCUCCGAGGUCAAAACAGAAGUAACGCCCUUCGAGGUUCGGAGACGCCGCGCUGCUAAGCUGAGCCAUUUCUUCGGUGUCUCUUAUCGCGACCUGUUUGGCGAGGUCCUUGACAGCCUCGAGAUGAGCGUCCGUGAAGAUGAGGGCAAAGGGACAUUGAACGCGGAUGAAGCUAAAGACCUUCUUGUUCAAUUGACCAAGCUCAAGGCUAGAAGGGACGAGCUUUCAUGAGGAAGUCUCUUACGAACAAUCACGACUCAGUACACGCUUCUUACAAUCGUCGUUACGCUUGAACCUGCUCUUGUAGUUCGUUGUAAUUGGUCUGUCUGAAAUUGUAAAUUAUAAGCGGGAAGGAGGUGAGAAACGGUGAGAAGCGGAGAAGGGAGGUGAGAGGAGCGGACAAGUAAAAUACGGUAUGCAAAGUAAAUAAUUCCCUUCGAAAGUAAUACUAUAGCACAAUUAAAUCACCUUUACACGAUGCACACCAAAACACGUGUGAUUCAUCGAGGAACUGAGGCCAGCGCAAUGAUAACACGCUGCUGUCCAUGCUACUCGCAAUUGAGUGCUUGUGUUCGUGUCCGUGUCCGACGGCGGCCGACUGUGGCGCUUUGGACGCUGCGGCGUGGAUACUUGCCGCUUCUGCCUCACUAUACAUCCGUGCCUGUAACAUAGCGAGGCUAAUGUGCCGCUGACGGCGUGUUACCGGUGGCAAUCCUUCAUCAAUGACUGCCAUUGGUGCCAGACGGGGUGUACUAUUGGACCGUUGAGAUGUAAAGGAAGUUCGACGAAGAUCGUCCGAAUGUCGCCCACCAGAGGUAGAACCUCGAGUGACUUGCGCAGGCCUGUGAGAAGUCGCCGCAGUAACUCGUAAAUGCGACAGUUCAUCUUCAAUCGUUCCGACAUGUUUCUGUAACGCGAGGUAUUUCGCUUCCGAGUCAAAUAAAGAUGAUUCCAGACCUCGAAUCGUCGAUUUCGCACUGGACAACUCGAGCUCGAGCUGUUGAGUUACUGCACCCUUUACUUCGUCGUCCAGGCUCUGCGAUGACUGCAACGGCGAAGAGGAUGGUUGACCACCCUGUCGUAGGAAGGAUAACUCCUCUUCCUUCGCUGUGGCAUCCGCUCGAAGAGCCUCGACCUCUUGUUGUAGUUCCUCUAGCAGCCUACUCUCAUCAUCGUUCGCCUUCUCUUGUUCAUCCAGUUGAGAACGUAACAAAUCGAUCUCCUCUUGGGUAACCUGCCCGACAGAACGAAGACGAUCUACCUCUUCUUGUAGUCGUACCGCCGCUUGCCUCUGCUUUCCUCUAUCCGCUUCGAUCUCUCUGGUGGCGACCAAGGCAUCAUCGAACCGAGCCUGCAGUUCGUUAUACGCCUUUUGCAAUUCUACCUGGCCAGUUUCAGCAGAACUCUUUUCCCUCUCUUUUUCUUUCUCCAGUUUCUCGCGCUCUCGAUGUGCUUCUUCCGAUGACGUUCUGAGACUCUCCAGCUGAGCU